ACCUGGAUUCUUAAAACUUGCCUCUGAUCCAGCAGCAGGUUCUCCUACAACAUGGCGGCCCGUGUCCUGCAGCUGUGUGUCCGCUCGCUCGCACGGCCCUCGCUGGGGCUUUUCCCGGUUAACCUCGCACUCAGAGCGGCUGUCGCUCCGGCAGUCACCGUCCACCGACCUUUCUCCUUCGCCGCGGACAGCCGGAGAACGCGGUGGCUGGGACAGAGCAGGAUCUCAUCAGUGGAGUUGUUGUGUCGACAGUAUGGCGACCUGCCCCCUCUCACCCUAGAAACCAUCAAAGACCGUGUCAUGUAUGUCCUGAAACUUUACGACAAGAUCAACCCAGAAAAGAUUCAGGCAACCUCCCAUUUCAUGAAAGAUUUGGGCUUGGACAGCUUGGACCAGGUGGAGAUCAUAAUGGCCAUGGAAGAUGAGUUUGGCUUUGAGAUCCCAGAUGCCGAAGCAGAGAAGCUCAUGACUCCAGAGGAGAUUAUACAGUACAUUGCAGACAAGAAGGAUGUUUAUGAAUAAUGGUUGCAAGGCAGAGGGUGCCCGCCCCAUGGGAAGUACUUAGGAAGCAGAUUGGUACCAGUUUUUCCACUUCAACCCCCAUCAGCUCUCAAGUCCAUCGUGGCGACGUCUGCAUCGCCUGCCGUGUUUUGUGUUUCACUGUAUUUAAAAUAAACAUGCUUGAAAGUUCGGAUAUUAAAAAAUUUUAUUUUACAAGGAUUUGUCACAACCCCGAUUUUUAUUUUUCUUCAGCUUCCAGCCUGUGAGAUUGAUGCAUCAUUUUCUUGUGAAUUGAUCAAUAAAGGCAGGAAGCAUGGUUGUGUGAA